UGCUAGAUAUCAAAACGUAGAAACUUAGGGCAUUCUAGAUACUAAGUUAAAAUGUCAAGCAACAAUCCAGAACAAUUGUAUGAAGGGCAAGGUCCUAUGGACCAAACAGUCUUUCAAGGAAAUCUGCAAUCAUACACCAUGCCUAACAACAUAUCAAUGGCACCACCCACAGAUUUUGCAAACUACAUGGCACCACCACCAGAACUUCAAUGGAAACAAAGAACUGUAACAAAGAAAAAUAAAAGCAGAUUUCCAUGUAAUUUAUGCUGUUGCUGCUACGGUGAAGAAGAAACCGUGCCCGUGAAAUCAAACUUGGUGGGAGAUGCAAAUAGGUCAAUAGUGCUUAAACCAAUUAGAAGAGAACGAAUUGUAGAAGUGAUGAAAGAAGAAAUUCAGGAAAGAGUAGUAAAUGUACCACAGAUACAGUACGUUGACAAAUUUGUGGAAGUACCUAAACCAAUAUUCAAAUACAAAAUAAAAGAAGUGAAAAGACCAGUCAUUGUAGAAAAAAUUAAAAGAGUACCCAAAAUUGUUGAAGAAGAAAAAAUCAUUGAAGUGCCAGAAAUUAAAUAUGUAGAGAAAGAAGUGGAAGUGCCACAUAUAGUGAAAAAAGAAAAGGUAGUGGAAGUACCUCUGCCUAUUGUUAGAGAACGUAGAAUACCAGUUCUAAGACUUAAAAAGGAUGAAAAAUAUCAAGAGGUAGAAAAUAUCAACUAUGAAGAUUUUGAAACAAAUAUAAUGUCCAACAGAUAUGGAUCUGAAGCACCAAAUAAUACACCAAUCAAACUACAAGCUAGAGAUAUACCGAAUAAUACACAAGAAAUGAGUAAAACUUUGAAGGGCGUCUACUCAUCAAAUGAAAAUGAUAACUUUAAUAGGUGGGAAGAACAGUAUGACAAUGGAAGUAAAGUAGAUAUUGACCAUCAUAGGCCUGUAAUGUAUUACAAUAACCCGGUCAUAACACAAGUCACGGACAAUGAAAAGGUAUCUACAAGCCGUAGGACUGUUACAAAAGAUAAUACAUUGAGAGAACAGUAUAAAGUAAGCAGUCCAACCACAGAACGUAAAGAUAUUGGUGUAAAUAACAAUGGACAUUAUGAUCAAAGAAGCAACAACGAGUCGAUUGUUACUGAAAUCAUAUCUGUUAGAGGAAUAAGUAAUAGAUCAUCACCUAAAAUGAAUCAAUAUGAUGUUGAACCCCUGAUAGAAGAUAUUGACGAACAACUUGUUAAUAGAGAUAUCAUAGAUGAAGACAAUUAUGUAAGCAUAUAUCCCAACAUUGAUGCUAUGUCAAUUAAAGAUGGAUCAAGUGUAGAAACAAAGAAACAACAAACGAGAACCAGUCAAGAAGCACAAAAUUCAGAAUCUGGUACCGAUGCUAAAUCAAUGAAGAAAGGAGACCAUAGAAGCGUUGAAGAACAAAUAACUCAUGUGAGAAUUACUAAAUAAAACAAAACAGAGCAUUCAAGGGGGA